AACAAAACAAGUAAUAGGGUGAAAGGUGAACAAAACAAACUAAAGUGUGUGCGCUUCGUGCAAACUACUCAUCACAAAACGCUUCACUGACCAUAGACAUGGCGGCAGAAGAGAGCAUAGUUGACUCCACCGAUUUUCCCGUCAAGAGGCCAAGGGAGAACGAAGAGAAUGGCUCAGCUUCCGCCCUCACCGUCGACGCCGCCGCAAAGGACCCGAACGGAAUCUCUGCCGUUAUCCCUGGCUGGUUCUCCGAAAUCAGCCCAAUGUGGCCCGGGGAGGCUCACUCGUUGAAGGUGGAAAAGAUUUUGUUUCAAGAGAAGUCUGACUACCAGAAUGUCAUGGUCUUCCAGUCUUCGACAUAUGGCAAGGUUCUUGUUCUAGAUGGAGUCAUUCAGCUGACAGAAAGGGAUGAAUGUGCUUAUCAAGAGAUGAUCACUCAUCUUCCUCUUUGCUCGAUUCCAGAUCCAAAAAAGGUUUUGGUUAUUGGGGGAGGUGACGGUGGAGUCCUACGGGAAGUAGCACGCCAUUCUUCUGUAGAGAAGAUAGACAUCUGCGAGAUAGACAAGAUGGUUGUUGAUGUCUCCAAACAAUUUUUCCCUGAUGUAGCUAUAGGUUAUGAGGACCCACGUGUAACACUUCAUGUUGGCGAUGGUGUUGCAUUUUUGAAGGCAGUCCCAGAAGGAACCUAUGAUGCAAUUAUAGUGGAUUCGUCUGAUCCUAUUGGUCCUGCCCAAGAGCUUUUCGAGAAACCUUUUUUCGAGUCGGUUGCAAGGGCUCUUCGUCCAGGAGGUGUUGUGUGUACUCAAGCAGAAAGUAUUUGGCUCCACAUGCAUAUCAUCGAGGACAUCGUUGCAAAUUGUCGCCAGAUAUUUAAAGGUUCUGUCAACUAUGCUUGGACCACAGUUCCUACAUACCCGAGUGGGAUGAUUGGUUUCAUGCUUUGCUCAACUGAGGGGCCUGCUGUAGAUUUCAAGCAUCCGGUGAAUCGCAUAGAUGAGAAUGAUCAGAACUUGGCAAGGCCAUUGAAAUUUUACAACUCUGAGCUUCAUACAGCUGCGUUCUGUUUGCCAUCUUUUGCUAAGAGGGCCAUUGGUUCCAAAGCAAACUGAGGGAAUUCGCCGGAGAUUCAACUUAGCACGUGUCGUCGUCCUUAAAAUCCGGCCCGGCAUUCACCCUUGGUAAACUAGUCCAUUAUCUAUCUAUCAAGGAACUGCGGAAUAAGUUUAGAACUUCAAGUCGACAUUGAAGAGAGUAACUUUUAUUUCUUGAAAUGAGUAAGAUGAUGGAUUCAGUUGUUAGUAGCUUUACCCGUUAAUCAUUAUAGAUAAUGCGCAACCUUGAGAGACCUUAAGAGCACUUUUUUUCUUUAAUUUGUAAUGCAAUAUGGUUGUUUUUUAAUUUUUACUAAUUUGCUUAAAAUUGAAA